CUUAAUUUUCUUCUUCUAUAGAUUAUUGUUUAGAGGAAUCACGAGAGAUGUGGUCUUCUUGGGUUUAUGCUGUAGCUCUGGUAGUUGUAGGCUUCACACACUGGAUCUAUAGGUGGAGGAACCCGAAAUGUAAUGGGAAAUUGCCUCCUGGCUCUAUGGGCUUCCCUCUUAUAGGGGAGACCAUUAAGUUUCUCAAGACAAGCAAAACGCUAGACAUCCCACCUUUUAUGAAGGAAAGACUGGAAAAAUACGGGCCACUUUUCAAGACCAGCUUGGCAGGUCGACCGGUUGUGGUGUCAUCGGAUCCUGACUUCAGCUAUUACCUCCUUCUGCAAGAAGGGAAGUUAGUAGAACGAUGGUACUUGGAUUCCUUUGCAAAGCUUCUUCGCCAGGAUGUUACUUCCAUUUGUUCAGUUCAAUACAUACAUAAGUAUCUCAGAAACUUAAUUUUGAGUUACUUUGGCCCUGAGAGACUCAAAGGUGACCUCAUGCCUGCGUUAGAAAAUGACAUAAGACGAAGCUUGAAGGAUUGGUCUAAGCUACCAAGUGUCGAAGCGAAAAGUGUCAUUUCAACUAUGAUAUUUGAUUUCACUGCAAGAAGACUGUAUGGUUAUGAAGCUGAGAAUUCAGCAGUAAAAAAUUUAGCUCAGAGUUUCACCAAUUUCUUGGAAGGACUUAUGAAAUUCCCUUUAAAUGUUCCAGGCACAUCUUUUCACAAAUGCAAGAAGAACCAGAAGAGGAUAAUAAAACUAAUAGCAGGCGUGCUAGAAGAGAGACGACGAUCUCCAAGGAAGCAGAAAGAAGAUCUGCUUGAUCAGGUUGUGGAGGACAUGAAAAAGGAGACAUUCUUGACAGAUGAUUUUGCCAUUUAUAUGAUGUUUGGUCUGCUCCUUGCCAGCUUUGAGACUAUAUCUUCCACUCUUGCUUUAGCCAUUAAGUUUCUCACAGAUAACCCUUCUGUAGUCGAGAGACUAACGGAGGAGCAUGAGGCAAUUCUUAAGAACAGAGGAAAUGCAAAUUCUGGACUUUCUUGGGAGGAAUACAAGUCCAUGACUUACACUCAUCAUGUUAUCAAGGAAUCACUUAGGUUGGCAAGUGUUGCUCCUGGAAUCUUGAGAAGGUCAUUAACAGACAUUCAAGUUGAUGGAUAUACAAUUCCAAAAGGCUGGGCUAUCUUGGUUGUUCCAGCAGCCGUUCAGCUGAAUCCUACCACCUAUGAAGAUCCGCUUGCCUUCAAUCCUUCUCGAUGGGAGAACAUGGGGGAACUGGCAAUGGCAAAGAACUUCAUUGCAUUUGGAGGAGGCUCAAGAUCAUGUACAGGAGCUGAGUUCAGCAAGGUUCUAAUGGCUGUAGUGCUCCAUGUUUUGGUCACCAAAUACAGGUGGACCAAAGUGAAGGGAGGAGAGAUGAUUCGGUGUCCAGUUUUAGCAUUUAAGGAUGGCUUUCAUGUUCAAGUUACAGAAAAGCUUUGAUGAAAAUCAAUUAAGCAUUAGAUAUCUUAAUUAAGCUUAAGUAACUAGUCACAAGAUGAAUAAAAGUGACCAUAAAUUGGUUAUAGCUGGUGGAUAAAGCAAGUUAGCUAUUUGUCGUUUGUAGCUAAUCUACAUUUCCUAUUGUGGCUUUCUGAAAUUUUUUCUGUUUUUAUUCCUGUCGUAUAUGUAAUAAGCCCUGCACUGC